CCCGGUCACCAAAGGUCGCCUCACCACUUCCCCACAGUUCGUGACAUUAAUCUUAUCAGCAUUGCUGGGAGAUUGCCAUUCACCACUGGCUAAAAUGACUGUCACCACUAACGAUCAUACGGAAACGACUGACGUGAUCAUAUGUGGCUGUGGCCCGACUGGCGCUCUCUUGAGCGCCCUGUUAGGACAAAGGGUUGUGAACAAUGUCGUUCUUGAACUGGAAAAGGAGGUAGUUACCGAUCCUCGAGGCAUCGCUUUGGAUGAGGAAGGCAUCCGGCUUCUUCAGCAAAUUGGGGUAUACGAUAAAGUCCACAGUGAAAUCGGGGAGACUCUUGGGCGUAUUCACUUCAUCUCCGGCAAGCAAGGCCUCAUCACUGAACCAUUCAUGGAAAUGGACAUGUCAUCGACAGAGGGUGGUACAGGUCAUGUCGGCGCAAUUUGUCAUAAGCAACCAGUCAUGGAAGAGUACAUACGCCAGUCCGCUCGCAGGUGCCCAAGUUCGGUCCUGAGAUUGGGAGCAACUAUUAUGGAGAUUCAGGAGGACGGAAACUGGGUUCGAGCAAAGUAUCUCGAUGACCAUGGUAAAGAGCGGUGGAUUCGAGCGAAAUUUUUCGUGGGGGCGGAUGGGAAGACGGGGUUCACAAGGAAGAGAUAUCUCGAGCCAAAAGGUGUCGUGCUGGAGACAGUCUCAGGGUAUGAGUACCAAGAGACCUGGGUCGCGGUCAACUACCAUAUGGAUCUGCCAACACCUGAGACGCACCCGGACUUUCCAUUGUGGAAGCUCAAUCACACACCAGAAGAUGUCUACGACGCAUUUUUCCCGACUGGUUUUCGUUUCAUCGGCAAUCCUGAUAGGCCUUCGGUCUGUGGAACAUUUGGUCCAAGGAAAGAGCGACUUUGGAGAUUCGAAUUUGUCGUGGACGUGGACAAAGGAGAAGAUCCGAACGAAAUGGCAACCUACGAGAAAAUGUCAGAGGUGAUAUUCCCGUACUUGACGCAUCCGGGCCAGAGAUACGGCUUGAACGCCGCAGUGCAAUACCCCACUGACUGCAUGCAUUUGCUUCGUUCGCGGCCGUUUUCAUUCUCAGCCAGGAGCUGUAACAAAUGGUCAGUAGGAAGGGUGUUGCUUUGUGGCGACUCGGCGCAUGUUAUGCCUCCAUUUGGCGGACAAGGUAUAGCUUCGGGCUUCCGAGACGCGGCAGGUGUAGCCUGGAGACUUGCCCUAGCAUGCCGACCGGACUUCAAGGGAAGUCAUGAACGACUAUUCAAUGGCUGGUGCCUGGAGCGCAAGCAGCAGCUUGACCGGUCCAUUGCUGUAACGGUGGCAAAUGGAAACCUCACGACAGCUCGCAGUCCAUUGAAGAUAUUCGUAAGAGACUGGAUAUUGUGCUUCAUGCGGCUUGUUCCCAGCUUCAGACGGAAGAUCGAGCUGGGGCCACGAGCACUUGGGAUGGUUCGAUAUCAGUGGAAGGACGGCAUGGCAUUCUUGCCGGAUCUUGCUGGCGGUCGGUGCCUUCCCCAGGUCUACUGUCGAUCAGUGCUACUUGCGGACAAGGGAGAUCCACCACCUGUGCAGUUCACAGAUGACGUGAUAUUCCACCCGGAGUCAAAGUCUACCUUGCGACUUGUGGUUCUGGUCGAUAACCUGGAACAGGCUGGAGAAGCACACUCGGAACUGGCCUCGCUCGACCUUGCGACUGCCUCCAAUGGUGAAGUGGGUACAGACGAGGCCUGUUACCUGGUGAUGUCGCCUGAGUGUCAACUACAGCAGCCAUCAAACAUACUGAGACAGAGAGUCUACCGGAUUGCAACAGGAGAAGAAUUCCAAUCUUCGACACUUUGCGAGAACCGACCGCCGCCCGUCGGGUACGACAUGUACCGGAUCAAGACUGACCUUGGCGGGAGGAAGUACGUACUUGUUCGACCGGAUAGGUUUGUGUUUGCUGCAUGCUAUACUGGACAGGAGUUGGUCGAGGCUUGCAGGGGGAUAUCCCGUAUUCUCUUUCCGUCAUCUGAAGGCGGCACAGCGAAACUGUAACACGGAAAGGCUGGGAACGUACGGCAAUGUGAAAGUCUUUGCAUACGCCGUUCAAGUAUUGAUCUCGGAGAAGGGUGAGCAUGCUUCUGCCAAGGUAGUAUUCUCUCGACAUAGCUUUCGAGGACACAAGAAGUGUUGGUGAGUGAGGAUCUGCAAUCAAUUGAUGGGAGAUUGCCAAAGAA